AGGUACCAAAAUAAUAAAAAAUGAAACACGAAAAGAGGAAAGCGUAACAUCGCCGGCGAUUACUCUGACGAUCUUCAUAUUAAAUCCCUCUCUUCUCUUCGAGCUUCGAGCUGCUCUGAAAAAACUCCGUUUCUCUCUCCUUAUCGGAGUUGAUUUUUCCGGCGACUUGCCGUUUUGAACUCCGGGGAACACUCGCAAGUUUCUUCAUCUAAGAGCUGGUGGCGGCAUUGGAUGGGACAUGGCGGAGCCACCGUCGUUACCGUUGAAGGAGAACAAGCUAGCCAAAGGAACUUUUGCGGUGGCCGGAAUCAUGUCUACUCUCGUCAUUUAUGGAAUAUUACAGGAAAAGAUCAUGAGAGUUCCUUACGGGCCGCAAAAAGAAUAUUUUACAUUCUCAUUAUUUCUGGUUUUUUGCAAUCGGAUUACCACGUCUGCAGUCUCUGCCGGAGUUUUACUGGCAAGUAAGAAGGCCUUGGACCCAGUAGCUCCACUCUAUAAAUAUUGUGUUGUAUCUGUCUCUAACAUCCUUACAACUACUUGUCAGUAUGAGGCUCUCAAAUACGUCAGUUUUCCUGUUCAAACCUUGGCAAAAUGUGCCAAGAUGAUACCUGUAAUGAUCUGGGGUACUAUCAUUAUGCAAAAGAAGUACAAAGGACAGGACUAUCUUGUGGCAUUCCUAGUAACCCUGGGUUGUUCCUUAUUUAUUCUGUAUCAGGCAGCAGGUGACAUCAGUCCCUUCAAUAGAGGAAGAGAAAGCACAGUCUGGGGAGUUUCUCUGAUGAUAGGCUAUCUUGGGUUUGAUGGCUUUACGAGUACUUUCCAGGAUAAACUUUUUAAAGGCUAUGAUAUGGAAAUACACAAUCAAAUAUUCUAUACAACGGUCUGUUCUUGUCUUCUUAGUUUCAUCGGUCUAAUUUUACAAGGCAAUCUUCUAAUGGCAAUAGAUUUUGUAUCCCGCCAUCAUGACUGUUUCUUCGAUAUUGCUCUGCUUUCAACUGUAGCAACUGCAAGUCAAUUUUUUAUUUCUUAUACGAUCCGCACAUUUGGUGCUCUAACAUUUGCAACCAUAAUGACCACAAGACAGUUGGUGAGCAUUUUGCUGUCAUGCUUGUGGUUUGGCCAUCCUUUGAGCUGGGAGCAAUGCAUUGGAGCUGUUAUCGUCUUUGGAUCCCUUUAUGCAAGAACCUUCUUGAAGACUAAACAGAAGCCGCCAUCGUUGGAGAUGACUGAAACUAGAGCUUCAGGUCCUUCAUAAGGAAAUCUAUCACGAAGUAACUUGUGACCAUCGGAAUAAGUGAAGUGAAAUAGCUCUCUGCAACUUCGAUGCUGCUCGGAGAAAGAUGUAAUUAAACUGAGGCAUGAAUGGGAUUUCUUUUUUCGGAAUUCCAGAUGGAAGGCAACCUUGCUGUUAUUGCAUUACAACCUUGCAUAUGAAAAUGGCAUAUGCAAUGGAGCAAGAUUUUGACAAGCCUUCCUCAAAUCUUUGCAUGUUAAAUUGCCACCUCACUAAGCAACAGAAGUUCUAUGAUCUUUCGUUCAAUUAACUGUGGACUUCUUUUCCCAUUUUUGGUACUUCAAAAAAGAUGUAAUACACAGUAUGCAUGCAUACUUGUUUUCUCUUAAGGAAUUUGGAACUGUACUAGUAGACAUCAGAAAUGUAUGAGGUAUGUGUUGUGGCUCUAACCUUUUUUCAGCUUUAACUCAUUAUCAGCUGGUGGCUUUCACAAGGAUCA